UGCCGGCGUGCCUACUGCGUCCGGCACUCGCGGUUAGUGAAAACAACUAGUUCUGGUGACUUUCCGAAGAUAAGCGAAAUAAGAUACCAUGGACGUCACCGGAGGAAUGAGACCCAUCUUUGGAGGAUACCCGUUUCAAGGCCAAGGACGCAUGAAUCAACUGGGUGGCGUCUUCAUCAACGGACGGCCACUUCCGAAUCACAUCAGGCUGAAAAUCGUCGAGAUGGCGGCGGCGGGUGUGCGACCUUGCGUUAUCUCGCGGCAGCUUAGGGUUUCGCACGGUUGCGUGUCGAAGAUACUGAAUCGUUAUCAGGAGACCGGUUCCAUCAGGCCGGGCGUGAUCGGCGGCAGCAAACCCAGGGUGGCCACACCUGAAAUCGAGACGAGGAUCGAGGAGAUGAAGAGGGAUAAUCCGGGAAUAUUCUCCUGGGAGAUUAGGGAGAAACUGGUGAAGGAAGGUUUUACGGAUCCUCCAAGUGUCAGCUCCAUCAGUAGAUUACUUCGUGGUGGUCGACCUGGUGAUGAUGGAAAAAAGGAUUACACCAUUGAUGGAAUACUGGGUGGUGGUCGUUGUGGCGACGAGUCCGACACGGAAAGCGAACCUGGCAUUCCUCUGAAGCGAAAGCAACGCAGGAGCAGGACCACGUUCACCGGAGAACAGCUGGAACAACUGGAGACGGCGUUCCAGAGAGCUCAGUAUCCCGAUGUCUAUGCUAGAGAGGAAUUGGCUCAACGAACCGGCCUUACGGAAGCCAGAAUUCAAGUAUGGUUUAGCAAUCGAAGAGCACGGUUACGGAAACACGCAGGUAGCAUAGCGCAUUCGGUAGCGGGUCUGCCAUUAACACCCUGUCAGUAUGCGAGCGGGCACGAAUUAGGCCAAAUACCGCAGGUACCUCAGAUGCCGACUGGGAUUCCACAAGUGCCAACAAGCUUACACCACAGUCCAACGACGCUGCAACAAUCGAACACUGUCAGCGUUCAUCCGAUACCCGGUACACAAAUCACGACGACCACCACCAUAGCACAGGUACCGGUGACGAUCGGUAGCUCUCUUCCGGGACACACUGUAUCGAUUUCGGGUCAUUUGAGCUCGUUACCGGGACACGCGGUGCAUGUCGGACAAGUUUCGACGAUUCAACCACCCGCGGCUCAUGGUGCACCUACUACGAUCUCUCAUAACACAGGAAAUACAGACUGGUCCAGGCCGCAGCUCGGUUGGGGACAAUUCAAUCACUUUCAAAGUGAGUACACGUCGAGUCAUUCGAGUCAUCAACAUUCUUCGCACGGGAGUCAUGGCACACUGUCUUCUGGUACCGGGAAUUCUGCAUCGACGUCGGAAUGGUACGACCAGGGCUACGAUUAUUCUCAACACGCUCAGUUGAACUAUCAUCGAAGCGUGGGUGGAAUAUUUUAACGAUGAUUGAACUAACAUUAGAGAAAAGUCAUCGAACGAACUUUCAUUAUCUGUGUGGCUUGUCGCGAAAUUAGGAGCAAUAGUCUUUAAAUAAUAUUUUCAAUCUUUCAAUAAUAUCACUCUGUACAUUAUCUUUGAGUGACACAAGCUUUUGUAAAUUUGUAAAUAAUACUAUUAUAAAUCACUUUGUAUAUUUUAAACGGAAACAAUUAAUAGUUUUUUUAAUGUUUGAGUUUCUAUACGGUUUGUACUAUUUGUAAAAUAUAGUUUUGAUAAUGUGGCUGUGGAGUAUUUGGUUAAACGUAAGAAAGUUAGGGUUGUAACAUUUUUUAUACGCGAGUUCAAAUCACCGUCGACUAAUUUCAUUUUUUUUUUUGUUUAAGUACAUUUUAAAUUAUUAGUGAACUUUACAUAAUGUACCGUGAUAAUAAAAUUCAAUUUUAAAUAUUUUUUCCAUGUUAAAUACUUUUAUAAUUUUGAAUAAU